ACAGUUAUCCACCUUCGUCGUGCCCCACCGCAGGGGAAGGUCCAACACACCCUCAUCGGUUGGUGCGGACGUUAUCCGCUCCGUCUGCGCAUGACCGGAAGCGCAGCGGGAGCCGCGGCAGUGCUUCCGGCGAGGCGUCUUGCCGCUGUUGUUGAGGGGGCCGGACAGAGAGAGAGUGAGAGAGGGCGGAAGGAAUUCUGAAGAUGGUCAGCAUGGAGCUUGGAAAAGCGAAAUUGCUGCGAACUGGAAUUAAUGUAUUGCAUCAAGCUCUUCAUCCAAUUCAUGGGAUUGCCUGGACAGAUGGAAAGCAAGUUGCUCUCACUGCUGUUUACCUUGUCAAUGGUGAGGUAAAGUUUGGAGAUAGCAGUGUUAUUGGAAGUUUUGAACAUGUGAAUGGGCUUCAUUGGGGUCCUGUUUGUUAUACAGGAACUCUAGCAUUGCUAGCUGUUCAGCAUAAAAAACAUAUAACUGUAUGGCAGUUACAAAACAGCACAUUAGAACAAAACAAACUAUUGGUUUCCCAAACUUGUGAACUAGGAGAGAUUUUUCCAAUUCUGCAACAAGGCUGUGUGUGGCACCCAAAACAUGAUGCCUUGGUGGUGCUAACAAAAAGGGAUGCCUCGGUAUUGUUUGCGGUGCAGAUUGAUAAUCGUAGAGUUAAAGUGGAGAUCAAAGGUAGUGGCUUGAUUCAUUGUGCAUGUUGGACCACAGAUGGAAAUCGUUUAGUGAUUGCCAUAGGCAGCACCCUUCAUUCUUAUAUUUGGAAUAAUACUCAAAAGACUCUUCAUGCAUGCAAUUUUUGCCCUAUUUUUGAUGUUGGAGGAUAUAUCUGUGCAGUGGAGGCAUGUUUGGACUUACAAGUGGUUGUGACAACUGAACUGCCUCUUGAUAAAAUCUGCGGUCUCAAUGCUGGUCUUGCCUUUGAUGUUACACCCACAUCAGAAACUGGAUCUUUAAUUUCACGACCCACAAUGCUAGCUGUGGAUGAAACCCAUUCUAUGGAUACAAGAAGAAAUUCAAUAGAUUCCUCAAGAUCAUUGAUAGAAGAACCGACAUUUUUAUCAUCUGAUAGUGUAGACUUGACACAUAUUCUAGCAAAUCAUCGAAAGUCUGAUCCUAGCCCCCUUAUUCACCUACGGCGAAAGGAUUGCCUUACUGGAAGUGGUCAUGAUUCUUCACAUCUGAUUCUUGUAACCUUUGAGAGAAAAGUGACAACAACUAGAAAAGUAAGCAUACCUGGGAUUCUGGUCCCUGAUAUAUUAAGUUUUGAUCCUCAUCGAUGUACAAUUGCUGUAUCAUCCAAUACUUGUAACGUGAUAUUACUCUAUUCAGUAACUCCUUCAAGUAUGCCUAAUAUUCAGCAAAUCCAUUUACAAAAGAAUGAACGGCCAAAAGGUAUGUGUUUUCUGACUGAAACACUGUUAUUGAUUUUAGUUGGGAGGCAGAAAUCAAAUGACCCUGCUUUUCUCCCAUCUUCUAAUUCAGAUCGUUAUUUAAUCAGAUUUAUGACUAAAAAGCUCUUGUUAGAUGGUUCUUCAGACAAUCUGAAGAUUGGGCAGCCAGGUAUUAAUAUCUCUGGAAUGAAGAAAUAUUUUGAAAAUUUGUCCAAGGAAGAAGCAGUUACAGGAAAAGAACUAUUAUUGCCAGGGAAUACCACAAUUCAAUUUCCAAGUCAUAAAAAGGGAUUAAUAGAAGAAAUAAGGAACAGCAGUAGUGAACAGAGCUCAGAAGCAAGCACUCCAAAACCAACAGAAGGAGCUGCACUCAAUCAAUCUGCAAUGAUUUUGAAAAACUAUGAUGCAGAACCUGUAAAUAGCUCCAUAACAAUGCAUGGACUUGGACCACUAAAUAGAGAUUUGAGUAGCCCAGUCUUAUUUAAGGAAGAUCAAGAUGGACUAUCAUGUGCAAGAACUUCACUGAACGACAGUGAUAAAGUGAAUGAAGAAAUUAAACAACUAUCUAGAAAAAUGGAAAAAUUACUUGAUAGCUUCAAAGAAAUGAAACAGUGCCUUUCUCAAAUAUCAGAUUGUACAAGAAAUGGAAAGAAGUCAUCAAUGGCCUAUUCAUCUGAUCCUUCAUUUCUAUAUGUCACCUGUCAGAAAAAACUGCAGGAGAAUACAGUUGUGGAUGAAAAACGAGCUUUUCUCCUUUGUGAAGGCAAGCUUCGUCUAAGUACAGUCCAAGAAGUUUUUAACCUUUUUGUUGUUGAAAUGUUUUACGGUUCUAAUUGGAUAGUUCUGACUGCAGAUAAUGACGGAUUUGCUCCAUUAACAUUCAGACCCAAACAGGAAAUUAUGAUUCGUGAUGGGAAGCAAACAAUAGGAUCUCUAGAAUUUCCACCGCCUCCAUCUCCAACCAGCAGUUUUAAUUUGGACAGCCGCAGAAGUACAACAUAACCUUCACUUGUACAAAUGUGAAAUACUAACGAGCUUCUCUUUCAACUCACUUGUUAAUUGUGAUAUUCAUAAAUGAGCAAACACAUAAUAAAGUAUUUGAGUCUAUUUUAAUCAUAUGAACAUACAGAGUAUCAGGUAGUUUUCUUCCUGCUGGGGACUUCAUUAGGAACACUGCACAAGACUAAAUCAUUCAGCUUCUCAAGCUUGUUCCACAAUAUGGUCAAUCAUAGCUUUUUGGUUUCUUAAUCUCAUCUGCCUACCAUUUCUCCAUGUCCUUUUAUAUAUCCUUGGCCAAUAUAUGCUUAUUGAUCUCAACUUUGAAUGUAUUAAUUAAGCCAGCAAGAGGGAGGGAAUUCCAUACUUUAAUCAUCUUUUGAAUAAACAGAUGUUUCCUAGCUCUUCUUCUGAUUUGACUUAGCACUGAUUUUAUGUUUCUUUUUUCCCCAAUUACAGGAUAAGUUUCUCUAUAUCCUAUCAAUUACUUUCAAAAUACUGAAAACUUCCAUGGAAGUGUCCCUUUAUCUCUUUUAUUUCAGCCUGACUCUAGUAUAUUUUAAUGAACAGACUUGGUAUAGCUGUACUAAAACUUAUUAUACUUUAUAUUCUGGAUCUUUAAGGUUUUUGUUUACUAUUUAAUCUGUUGAUCUGAAAUGGAUGACCUCAAAUUUUCUUGAAAUCCAUCUGUCAUACUUUUGCCUUCUCAUUUAAUCCAACAUUGUCUAUAUACACAACUUGGUAUUCAUCAGUUUUUAUGUCAUUAGCAAACUUGGACUUGUAAAUUAUUUAAGUCAUAAUGUAGUGAAUAGUUGCAGAUUCACUAGCCACCUUUCAAAUUCAGUCCAUGCACAUUAUCCCCACUCGCUGUCUGCUGCUUCCUCUUGUAACUAAGUAAUCAUUUGACUUCUGUUCCAUGAUCUUUCAUCUUAGUCUGAUGUAUAAAUCCUUAAUGAAUGCCUUCUGGAUGUCAAUGUAAAUUAAUUCCAUAGGCAUUGUCAGUUGGAGAUUCUGGAUCUGCACCUGAGUAUGCUAGAUUGCGAGGUUAAUUGAAUUAGGUGAAUUGAAGCACAUCCUUUUAAAGGAAGCUGCUAAUUGUUUUCCAUGAAUUUAAGUUAAUUAUCAAGUCAUUCAGUGGAUCUGAGUGCAAACCCAUGAAUAUAUCCUCUUGAAUCUCAUUGGGAAGUUGAUUAGUGCCUCAAUGCCUAACUCUUUCUUGCUGUUGGGAGUUUGGAAUGCUGAAGGUAGUUUUAUAAUCAUUGACUCUAGAUUCAAAUAAAUCUUACUGCAAAACUGAAAUUUAAGGCUGAGACAUAAGAGAGUCUGCAGAUGCUGGAAUCUGGAGCAACACACACAACUAUGGAGGGAAAUAAACUGUCAACGUUUCGGGUCAAGACCCUUCAUCAGGAUUCAUAAAAGAUAAGACUAAAAUUCAUCCUUCCUUCUGGUGUGAUCUUGCCAUGAAUCCUGCAUGAAUGUACAUGAAUGGGCAGAAAACGUUGAGUCCUAGAAACGUUGGGUCCCAUCUGAACUUGAGAACUUUCAUAAAAUAAAGGGAAAAGCUUCUGCCCUCCCCUUAAUGGUUCAGUGGUACAAGAAGAGGCAGGAUGAGGUGCUGAGAUUACCUGUGCCUAGGUUUCUGAGUCUCUAGUAAUAGAUUGAGGCAGGAUUUUCAGCAAGAAUAUCCAGAGAGAGGAGCUGUAACAGUUGCUUGCUUGAUAGAAGUAGGCUCCAUGUGGGAUCUUGCUGAGGAUUGGGUAUCCCCGCCACCCUCCUCUCCCCCACCCAAAGUCCCUUUAUGUCUUGUCACUGAACAGUUUGGAAGGUAUGUCCUGACAGCAUAGCGCCAUUUGAAUUGUAAAAGUCAUGUAUGAAAGAAUCUAAAACCAUAGUGAUAAAAGAAGGUCUGUGAAAAUAAAGUGUUGAUUUUCUUAAGAAUUGUUUCAAGAGAUUUAAUAAACUUUCAUGGUUUUAGGGGACAUAAUCAGUUUUGCAAAACAGUUUCCCUUUUCAUCUUUGAAAAUAGCAUUGCAUUUUGGUUGUUCAGAUUAAUUUGUUCAACUUUGCCUGUACAUUUAACCAGUUUAAAUUCUGUUGAUGCUCAUUAAAUUUCUUACAUGAAUUCUUCAGAUUUUUAAACUGUAACAACUUUGUGGAAUGUACUGUUCAGCUGUUGCUAACACUGUGAGUUUCCUAAACUACUGUAGUUUUAUUUUAAAAUCAGUUGGCUAUUUCAUCCACCUGCAUAACCCUAGGCAACUAUUUCUUGAAAGUGAAACAUCUAAAGAUUGUUCACUUACACAUUGGUCCGCUUGCUAUUUCCUGUCCAUUUAUUGAAUAGACAGAGGAUUAUAUAACUGGCAAAAGCUGAAGCUGAAAAAUUACAGCUCACCUGUAGCAUAUCUAAUUAGUAUGGCUGAUAUUUUUGUAGUAACUGGAUAAUUGGUUUUGAAUCUCCAGAUGGUGUCUCAGUCAGGUAGCAUUGGGCCACAAUAAUCCAUAAACCCAAAUGGGCUACAACGAUUGAAUUCCUAAUUUGUCUAAUUCUGGUAGAACCUGGUUGUAGUGCAUGCAACAAAAGUUUUGUUUAUGAGCAGUUGUGUAUAACAGGGGUAAGGAACAUAACCUAAAUGUCAGGUUCUUUGAUUUAUGUGUAAUGACCUGAAAUAUAGAGGCUGUGAUUGUUGCAGUUUGGUUUUAUCAUUGUCAGAUGAAAUAAGAUUCAUAUGAUUUUAUACCUACUUUCAUUUUUAUUAAAUCAACUACAUUUCUUGGUAUUGCAAUGAGCCAGAAUAUUACAUUAUUUGCAAAAUAUGGUACAUUUAAGUUUCUUUCAGUCAAACAUUGUUUAUAUUAUUCAUAUAAGACCUCAAGCCUUUCUGUAGCACAGAAUAGCCAGCAGCUUCUGAGCUAACUUUAAGUGUUGUAUUUCCCAUCAUUUGUAGUGGUCUUAAUAUUCCUGUGGAUAUUUAGAUAUGUAGAUUCUAUGUGUCCUAUCAGUUUUGUUAGAAAACAAUUCCAGAACAAUAUCCAGUCUAAAGCUAUUGAAGUUAUUCUGACUGCCUUGUGUAAUUUUAUGAGGAAAUGCUACACCAGUGUAGUUGUAGAUUUUAUAAUGUAAUAAUGAAAAGCAGAAUUUGUACCGAAGUUUUCCAUCUACUUUUGACCUAAAGUACUUCUGUGAUCUCACAAGCUGUUUAAGAUCAGCUAAUUUAACAUGUACUUUUGAUGACAAUUGUAGUUUUAAGUGGAGUAGAGAAAAUGUGAUUCUGUGCAGCAAGACUGUGGGAGCUGUCAGCUUGUUUAUCGUUUGAUGCUCUAUUGCUGUUGAUGAUGGCAUGCUAUAUUUGGAUUAGUGUAUACUCCAAAGAAAACUGAGUAUUGAAUAGUUCAGGGUGAUCUAAAAAGACGCCUUAAUGUUGCAUUUGUUUUGUUCCCCUGUCUACCUUGGUGAUGCAGCUAGAAAUUCUAGAGACCAAUAUUAGUUUAUUUUUUGUGUUAAACUGCAGUCAUAAAGAAUGAUGUAAUGGCUAGCAGCAGGGGUGCUUACAACCACCAUUUUAAACCAAAAAUUACAACUAUCUUGGAUCAUUUUGGAUAGAGUGUUACAAUAUUACAAGACAAAAUAUGUUGUUGCUGAAGUAUUUUGGAGCUACGAGAAGAUUGUACUUGGGCUUUUGAAAUAACAGAAUCCAUAUUUGGAAGACUUUUUUAGCUUUUCUUCAUGUUAAUAUAUUUAUUUAAACUGAAGUUACUAUAUUUUGCAUUUCUUAGAUUAUAUUUCUAUUAUUCACAUCUUUUGAGAAAUUAUCUGUAAAAAAUUGUUUUGGAGUAUCUUAG